AUGCCCCGAAAUCCCAUCGCCAUGUCGACCGUCGCCUCGCAUGUCCUUCGUGUCCUCAAUGAGCAGGGCCCGAUGACCGUCCGCCAGCUGGCCGAGGUCUUGCCCAUGCACAGCUUCAAGUCCCUCACCUACCUGAAGCGUGACGUUCUCCAGCGCAUGGAGCGCGGCCACUCGGUUGAGAAGCGCGUCUCCCGGACCGUCAACGGCAGCCGCGAGUGGGUGUACCACCCUCUGCGCAAGUUUGACCCGGAUUACGUGGCCUUCGUCAAGCGCACCACCGAGAGCCCCGCCUCUCUGGCCGAGCGCUUCUCCAAGUUCUCCAAGUAA